CUCUUCUCUCGUCUCUCGAGCGUUUCCUCAUCGUCUCUUUCUGCCAUUGUCGUAAAACUUACAACUCUUCACUCUUUUUUCUCUCUCUCUCUUUCUGUUCCAGCUGUCUCUCUCUGUCUCUGUGUGAUUGUUUUCAGCGCCGGAAGCUCUGCUUCUGCUAGAAGAGAUUCCGAUUACAGAGCUGCGGGUUUCUUUUGCCCACAUAACAUCUACACUCCUCUCUUAUUGGCAGCAAAGAAAAGCCUUCGAGAAACGGACGCAAUGGCCACAGAGCAGUAUAUUGAAGAAUCAGUUGAAAAUGAUUAUAUCAGAGAGGAUAAAUCUCCACUAAAUACUUGCAAAUCUUCUGACAACGUUGGAGAUUCCGAUGAUAGCCCUUGUAAUGGAUUCGAUUGCAAUAUUUGCCUGGAUUCUGUGCAGGAUCCUGUGGUGACACUUUGUGGUCACCUUUAUUGCUGGCCUUGCAUAUACAAGUGGCUCCAUUUCCAGAACAUCUCUGCAGAAAACGAUAUGCAGAUACAGCAGCAAUGUCCUGUAUGCAAGGCUGAAGUUUCUGAAGGCACCCUGGUUCCACUCUUCGGACGUGGCCAACCUACAAAACCUUCUAAAAGCAAAGCCCCCAAUCUGGGAAUAAUCAUUCCAAGAAGACCUCUUGGUCUUGCAUGCGGAUUUGAUUCACCGAGAUCACCUUCGACUCCAAGCAGUGUCCGAUCACGAGCAACCCAGCAAAUUUACAAUGGUGAUUAUUCACCUCAUCCUUCUCAAUUAUACUACUCUCAGCCAGGAGGAAUGAGCUACCCUGCAUCUUCAAUGCUUACUCCACGAGUUGCAACAACAAAUAUGUACGAUCCAAUGAUUGGAAUGUUUGGGGAAAUGAUCUAUGCAAGGGUCUUUGGUAACUCCAUAACCAAUAUAUACAGCUACCCAAAUUCAUAUAAUCUUGCAGGAAGCACCAGCCCUAGAAUGAGAAGGCACAUUUUGCAGGCUGAUAUGUCGCUUAGCAGAAUCUGUUUUUUCCUCUUCUGUUGUGUAUUUUUGUGUUUCCUCUCAUUUUGAUAUACGUAUAUUCUGUGAAAAAAAAAAAAAACCCACCAAGUACAUGGUAUACAUAGAAUCAGCCGGAUGUAAGAUGCUCUAGCUACUACAUAUCCUGCCUGUGCUGCGCAUUUGUAAUUACUUAAGAGUCUUUCUAUAAUAUUAAUGAUUGAAUUAGUCUUUC